AUGGAACAUGUUAUCCAAAACUUGGAUAAUGUUAUACACAAUGUGGAUAAUAUUAGCCACAACGUGGAUAAUGCUAUCCACAACGCGAGUGAUGUUACCCACAACGUGGAUGAUGUGAUCCACAAAGCGGGUAAUGUUACCCAUACCGUGGAUAAUGCUAUCCACAACGUGAAUAAUGCUAUCAACGACGUGGAUAAAUUUAUCCACAACGUGGAUAAUGCUAUUUACGAUGUGGAUAAAGUUAUCCACGACGUGAAUACUGCAAUCCACAACGUGAAUUAUUUUGUCUACAACGUGGAUUUCGUUGUCUACUACGCGGAUAAUGCUAUCCACAACAUGGAUUAUGUUAUCCACAAUGUGGAUACUGUUGUUCACAACGUGGAUAAUGUUAUCCAUAACGUGAAUUAUGUUUUCGACAAACCACUCCCCCUUCCUCUCGCCCUUUUCCUCCUCCAUCCACUUACUCUCCCUUUCCUUCUUCCACUAUCCCUUCCACACCUUCUACCACUCACGCAACCACUCACGCAACCACUCACGCAACCACUCACCCAACCACUAACCCAACAACUCACCCAACCACUCACCCAACCACUCACCCAACCACUCACCCAACCACUCAUCGAACCACUCACCCAACCACUCACCCAACCACUCACCCAACCACUCACCCAACCACUCACCCAACCACUCACCCAUUCACUCACCCAUUCACUCACCCACCCACUCACCCAACCACUCACCCAUUCACUCACCCAUUCACUCACCAUUCCACUCCCCCUUCCACUUCCCCUUCCACUCCCCCUUCCACUCCCCCUUCCACUCCCCCUUCCACUCCCCCUUCCACUCCCCCUUCCACUCCCCCUUCCACUCCCCCUUCCACUCCCCCUUCCACUCCCCCUUCCACUCCCCCUUCCACUCCCCCUUCCACUCCCCCUUCCACUC